UAGUACUAGGCAACGCGAGGAAAGUCUCCAGAGGUGGAGCCUAGAGCUCCGCCCACUUUCUUCUGGUUUUCAAACAGGUCCGCAACAAGAGUAUAUAGGUUCUGGUCCGCUGUUCCUCGCCCCACUCGUUUUCUUUCUAGUUUUUGUUCGAGUGGAAGAGAGAGAAUGUCUGGACGCGGUAAAGGAGGGAAGGGGCUUGGCAAAGGAGGCGCCAAGCGCCACCGGAAGGUCUUGCGGGACAAUAUCCAGGGCAUUACGAAGCCCGCGAUUCGGCGUCUCGCCCGCCGCGGGGGCGUCAAGCGCAUUUCUGGGCUCAUUUACGAGGAGACCCGGGGAGUGCUCAAAGUGUUCCUGGAGAACGUGAUCCGUGACGCAGUGACCUACACCGAGCACGCCAAGCGCAAGACCGUCACUGCCAUGGACGUGGUGUAUGCGCUGAAGCGCCAGGGCCGCACCCUCUACGGCUUCGGCGGCUGAGCCGGCGCCCAGCAUCCCCCACACUCCACUCCCAAAGGCCCUUUUCAGGGCCCCCAAUGAGUUCAGGAAGAGCUGUAAACACAAUUCCAGGUGUAGGCUUGCUGCUGUAGUGCUUUCGGUACUGUGUUCUGACACCGGGGAGUGGAGAGCUUUGCGGCGGAGCAACUGCUCCGAGUUAGGCGAUUAUAGAAAAUGGGGCAAGGAAAGCGUUAGGCCUCCGCGAGGACACCCCAGA